ACCAGCAUGGAGGGACCCUGGGUAGGCAACUGGAGACCUCAUCCGCGACGGGGCCCAAUCCUUGCAGAAUACACUACCCCAGGUCCCAAGUAUGGGCUCCCUGGGUUAACAGGUCAUAUGGCUCAUGAUCCCACCAGAGACAGAGCCCCUGCAUACUCAUUUCGAGGAAGCAAUGCUCCCUCCGCAGCAACUUGCUCACCAGGUCCUCGAUACUUCAUCGAAUCAUCCAUUACCAAGACUGGGAAGCAGGUGGCUCCAUCGGCACUUGUGACAGCACGUCCCAAGAGCAAGAUUUUGGUCACCCCUGGGCCCAGUGACUACACCACGGAUCGGGCCAACAAACACGUCUACUAUACUGCACCGGCGAAUAGCCUGGCAUCCCGACGCAAGGACUUAAAAGGUUUCCGAACACCAGGUCCUGGAGCCUACACCUUGCCCAGGAUUCUGGGACCUCAGACAGCAUACACUCAUGCUGAACCAUGCUACUCCAUGACGGGGAAGAGCAAAUACCAGAGCUGUUUUCAAGAUGUGGCAAGGACACCAGGUCCUGCAGCAUUUGACAAGGUGGAUCUGGAUGUCUACAAAACCAGGGCUCCGAAGUUCUCAAUGGGACUAAAAACCAAACUUCCUGGAAAGGGAUCGUUUCCAGGUCCAGCCGAAUACAGCCUGGGAAAGAUGUCAGUGACCAAGGCCCGGGAUCCUGCCUUCAGUUUUGGAGUCCGACAUUCUCUCUACAAAGCUUCUUUAAUACCUGAAUCACAUCUUGAAUAA